AUGAGCAAGAGGGGUGUUUCGUCUAACAGGAGAUCCACAAAAGUAGAGUCUGAAGCAACGAAAAAACCAAAACUCGAUGAAUUGCUGAAGCAAUGGGAUGAGCUUGAUAAACAGGAAGAAUUAAAGAACCAGGAAGUAAAUAAUGAAACAAAAGAUACAGAUUUGAGUAGAUCAUGCCCUUAUUUGGAUACAAUCAAUCGUAAUAUGCUCGACUUUGACUUUGAGAAGCUUUGCAGUGUUUCUCUUAGUCAUCUCAAUGUUUAUGCUUGUUUAGUUUGUGGUAAUUACUUCCAAGGUCGGGGUCCCAAUACGCAUGCUCAUACUCAUAGCGUCAAUGAAAACCAUCAUGUAUUUCUCAACCUUGAGACCCAUCGCUUCUAUUGCUUACCCGAUAACUAUGAGAUUGUCGACGGAUCGUUAGAGGAUAUCACAUAUCUUCUGAAUCCUCUAUUUCAGAAAGAUGUCAUUAAGAGCCUGGAUACCAACUUGGGUAUGGUUAGAGCGUACAAUGGGUUAACAUACUAUCCUGGAUUUGUCGGCGUGAAUAAUAUAAAGGCAAAUGACUACUGCAACGUUAUCAUUCAACUCUUGAGCCACAUUAGUCCAUUGAGGGAUUUCUUCUUGCAACCAGAAAAUUAUCAGGAACAGAUUAAACGCGCGGCCGCUGGGGACCACAUGACUCUUCUCGUGCACAGAUUUGGGGAACUCAUUCGAAAGUUGUGGAAUCCACGGAAUUUCAAGACCCAUGUCUCACCUCAUGAGUUUUUGCAGGCUGUUGUAUUGUGCAGCAAGAAGCGUUUCCAGUUUACGGAGCAAGGUGACGCUCUGGAAUUUCUCUCCUGGCUACUGAAUGCUCUCGAUCAAACACUGAAGCCUUCAACAGCUGCUGAAGGACGAGUUGUCAAGCCAACAAUCAUUGGUAGCACUCUUCGCGGUCGAAUGGUAAUUCAUAGCCAGAAGGUAAUGCCGGUCAACCUUACUCAAGUGCAAAAAGAACAGUACGAGAAUAAUCCUGAAUACAUGCCCCACGUUAUGGAGUCGCGUUUUCUCUACUUAACUUGUGACCUGCCUCCAGCACCUCUCUACUUGGACGAAUUCAAGGAGAGUAUAAUCCCCCAAGUGCCACUCUCCACUCUUCUGACCAAAUUCAACGGAGUGACAGAGAAGGAAUACAAGACACACUGUGACUCGACAAUGCGUCGCUUCUGUCUCAAAAAACUUCCGCCCUACCUCAUUCUCUACAUGAAACGCAUUCUCAAAAACAUCUUCACGCUGGAGAAGAAUCCCACUAUUGUUAAUUUCCCCAUUAAGAGUAUCGAUUUCGGGGAACUGCUUGAUAAUGAGGCUAGAGCACAGCACAAGUACACAAUUUAUGACUUGGUUGCAAAUGUGGUACACGAUGGACCAGCCACACCAGGGGCUGGAACUCAUCGAAUUUUCGUGCUACAGCGUGGAACUGGCAAAUGGUUUGAGAUGCAGGAUUUGCAUGUCCAGGAGAUUCUACCACAGAUGAUUCCACUCAGUGAAUCACUUAUUCAGGUAACGCUGCUCGCAUUUUCUAUGUUCCGCCUCGGGCGUAAAAGUUUUAUGCAUGAAAACUCCACUGUAAUCCUUUAUUCCGGGUAG